AUGCCGAAGAAGAAUCGGAUCCCCGACAAUUGGGACGAUGUGGCCAAAAUGGGUACACUAGUGGGCACCUCUCACUUCCUGCCGCUUCGGGUGCCUUUGGACGCUAAGUAUCUGCCUCAAUUCCACAAUAAAAGGGAGGAAAUUUGGACUCCGAAGGACUUUUUGGAGACCCAAGAGGCCCAAAACUUGAACGUCAAGAUGAUCAUCGACCUUACGAAUACCUUCAAAUAUUACGACGGAGAGCGUGAAUUUAAGGACUCGGGAGUGGAAUAUGUCAAGCUCAAGAUCGAGGGAUUCAACGGACCUCCGGAUGGUCGUGACGUGGACCAAUUUAUGAACAUUGUCGACGAAUUCGUUGCCAGGGAGUCAGAAGGGAAUAUUGCGAUGCAUUGCACUCACGGGCUUAACAGGACUGGAUAUCUCGUUGUCACGUAUAUGGUCGAGAGGCUGGGCUACACUGUCACAGACGCUCUGGAAGCUUUCAAGGUGGCUCGACCCCCAGGACUCAUCAAGCACAUGUACGUCGAGGAUCUGUACAAACGACUUGGAGAGGGAGAAGAAAGCGCACGAAGGGAAAAAGAAUAA